AUGGGGAAAUACUUCCACCUGCAUGAGAACAUUUCCAAAGUGAGCCCCUUCGAGGGGCCCCAGUAUCACCUGGCACCUCUUUGGGCAUUUUACCUGCAGACGGCCUUCAUGGGCUUUGUCUUUUUUGCUGGAACGCCUUUAAAUUUCAUCGUUCUUUUCGUCUCGGCAAAGUACAAGAAGAUUCGAGUCCCACUGAAUUAUGUCCUGAUCAACAUCUCCCUGGCCGGAUUCAUCUUCGCCACCUUCUCUGUCAGUCAGGUGUUCAUCUCCACCCUGAGAGGCUACUACUUCCUUGGACACACCCUGUGUGCUAUGGAGUCUGCCAUGGGGUCUAUAGCAGCUCUUGUGACAUGUUGGUCUCUUGCUGUGUUGUCCUUCGAGCGUUACCUGGUCAUCUGUAAACCUUUUGGAGCCUUUAAGUUCGGCAGUAAUCACGCUCUGGCUGCUGUGGGCUUCACCUGGUUCAUGGGGGUCGGCUGUGCGAUCCCGCCUUUCUUUGGGUGGAGCAGGUACAUCCCUGAAGGCCUGGGCUGCUCCUGUGGACCUGACUGGUACACCCACAAUGAGGAAUACCACACCGACUCCUACACCAAUUUUCUGAUUGUUACGUGCUUCAUCGCUCCACUCAGCAUCAUCAUCUUCUCCUACUCGCAGCUGCUGGGCGCCCUGAGAGCUGUAGCAGCUCAGCAGCAAGAGUCCGCCUCCACCCAGAAGGCGGAGAAGGAAGUGUCGAGGAUGAUCGUGGUCAUGGUCGGAUCCUACAUCGUCUGCUACGGGCCAUACAUGGCCGCCGCUCUUUACUUCGCCUACUCGCCAGAAGAAAACAAAGACUACCGGCUGGUCAGCAUCCCUGCAUUAUUCUCCAAGAGCUCUUGUGUGUACAACCCCCUGAUCUACGUCUUCAUGAACAAACAGUUUCACGGUGCCAUCAUGGAGACAGUGUUCGGGAGGAAAAUGGAAGAAUCUUCUGAAGUUUCUUCAAAGACAGAGACGUCCUCAGUGUCUACGGCUUCUUAAAGUUUGGACUAAAGAUGGUGGAUUCACUCACUUUCUAACAGACAUGUACAUUUUUUGAAUAUUUCAAAUAAAACAAAUGUUUUAUUUUAGAAAAUCUUGUUUAGUUCAAAGGCAACAAAAAAUAUAAUAAAAAAAUAAACUUCUCUUUGUAGACUGUUUCUGUGACAUUAUUCUGCUCUAAUAUCCAUUACUGAAUAGUGCUCUCUUAAAGGGCCGGUACACUUCACUCAAAAACCAAUGCUGAAUUAUAAAUGUAUCUUUUUAUUAAACAACAAAGAUACAAACGUGGAUCCUUAACUUCUGUCUGUGGUAAAAUUUAAGACAAAACGGUGUCAUUUGUGUUCUGUGUGCAGUCGUACAAGAAAAAUAUAAAACAUGCAUGUGAUAUUAAAAUAUCUUACAACACUUUAGGAUAUUUCUAGACAAAUUCCUCGAAAGUGGAGUGUUGUUACAAUCAUAAACCACCAGGGUGCAUUAUGAAAACACACAACAGAAGUAUGAACAAAAAAUCUCACCCAUUCAAAUUGAGGCACGAUAGAAACAGUUCACCAGUUUCAAGACAGUCUGGCUACCUAUUUUAGCAUUAGCAAAUGCUUAUGCUAAAGUAGCUACAUAAGCUAUGAAAAAUGUUAGAGGUCUAAUCCAGGAUUAACUUAUGUAUAGAAAUGUUUAAGAAGUAGCAACACGUGCGGUUGCUCGCUUUAAGCGCCCUAGUUUUAGCCAAAGAUACUGUAGCUAAGCAAGCUAUGUAAUCAACAUUACUACAUAAGACAAUAUAGCUACUUUGGGAUAAGCUUUAGCAACAUGAGCUGUAGCAAACGUGACUUAUGCUAAAGUAGCCACAUUAUCUAUGAAGGUAGCAUAGCUAAAUCAAAUGUAGUUACUUUAGCAGUAGCAGCAUAGCUUAAACUAACAUAGCAUCAUUGGCUUUAGCUACAGUCAUGGAUGAAAAUGUUGGCACCCCUGGAAUUUUUCCAGAAAUACUUCAUUUCUCCCAGAAAUUGUUGCAAUCAACAAAUGUCUUGGUAUACAUGUGUUUGUUGUCUUUAUGUGCA